AUGAUUUGCUCGUUCAGGUUCCCUUUCGACGAGCAGAGCUGCACACUUGUUUUCGGUUCGUGGACGUACAACUCCGACGAAGUGGUGCUUAAUUGGUACAACAACAUACAAGCAGUUCAAUUAACAGAUUACUCUUACAGCGGAAUUUGGGAUGUAAUCGACGUACCCGGAUAUCUCAUCAAUAAAAGGGAGACGAAAGAAAGCAAGAUCGUCUUUCAUGUUGUUAUUCGAAGGAAAACGCUAUUUUACACGGUUAUUCUCAUAAUUCCAACAGUGCUCAUGGCUUUUUUGUCAAUGAUGGCAUUCUAUUUACCGGCGGAUUCUGCCGAGAAAAUCUCGCUUACUAUAAACCUACUGCUUGCUCUCGUUGUGUUCCUGUUACUGGUAUCAAAGAUUCUACCUCCAACUUCUAAUAUUCCCCUCAUGGGAAAAUAUUUAUUGAUGGCUUUUGUGCUAAACAUAACAACAGUUGUGGUAACUGUUGUAAUUGUAAACGUGUACUUUCGAAGCCCUAUAUCACAUGAAAUGCCAAAUUAUGUGAGGCAAAUAUUCCUGGAAUUUCUUCCUCGAGUGCUUAUGAUGAGAAGACCGGAAAGAAUACCAAUAUUCAACGGUUACUUCGUGGAGGAGUACUGUGCAUCGGAAAUAUUCGACGCAAGUCUUGUCAUGCCAUCAAUGACUGCAACGAUGGUGCCUUUCUUACACGUAGCAAGAAGUUCUUCACGAAGACGAGACUCUGCCAUCGAUACGCAACAGAAUCAUCACCAAAAUUGUUCCAAAUGGCGAAGCUCAUUGUCAAGGAAAUUAUCAAUGAAGAGAAAGCGAACAGCUGAACAAGGGACUCAAGAAGAAUGUUGCAUGGAGGAUAUCAAUGAAAACACGGAGACAUAUGCUGCGAAGAUCAGUCGAGAGAUGAAGACUACCGUUGAGGCAAUCGCUUACAUUGCAGAACAUAUGAAGGCGGAAAUGAGUGACAAAAAGAUUCGUGAUGACUGGAAAUAUGUGGCGAUGGUUAUCGACAGACUUCUAUUGUUGUUGUUCUUUGGUGUAACGUUGGGUGGAACACUGGGGAUAAUCUGUUCCGCUCCACAUGUUUUCGAUUUUGUAGAUCAGGAGAAGGUCCGUAACAGCCUCAUCCCCAUUCAUAAAUUCUCACUCCGUAUUUCCACAACGCAUAAAUUUUUCUUCCAGAUCAUAAAGCAGCUCAAUGCAAAGUAUAUGAAUGCCACUCUCAUUCCCAUCGCACUAACAUCCUUCGAUGAAGAUCGCUUAGUCGGUGACCUCUUCAACGGAUAUAACUCGCUAAUAAGACCUGUUCCGAAUGCCACAUCACCUCCCAUUGAGGUGGCAUUCAGUCUUGCUCUCGUGCUGCUCAUAAACAUCGACGAAAAGAAUCAAAUUAUGCAUACAAAUGUGUGGCCAACAAUGCGAUGGAUAGACUAUCAGAUGCGAUGGGAUCCUCGAAUGUAUGGAAAUAUUGAGACUAUUCGAGUUCCUCCAGAUAAGGUUUGGCUCCCUGACAUCGUACUUUUCAACAAUGCUGACGGCAACUACCUCGUAUCAUUUUAUUCGAAUGUGGUCGUCGAACAUACCGGGGAAAUGCUAUGGGUUCCGCCUGCUGUUUACAAGUCGAGUUGCAUUAUUGAUGUUGAAUAUUUUCCAUUUGACGAGCAAGUUUGCUCACUCACAUUCGGAUCAUGGACGUUCAGAAAAGAAGAGGUGCAAAUUUCAUAUCACAUGGGAAAACGUCAGGUAGAAUUAAAUGACUAUUCCUUCAGUGGUAUAUGGGAUGUGAUGGAAGUUCCAGGUUUACUUAUCGAAGAUAGAUCGAAGAUAUCUUAUCAGAUUCGGAUAAGAAGGAAGACUUUGUUCUACACUGUCAUCUUAAUCAUGCCAACAGUACUCAUGGCAUUUCUUUCCAUGAUGGUGUUUUAUCUACCUUGUGAAGCGUCGGAAAAAAUCACAUUGGCCAUAAGCAUUCUUCUUGCCUUGGUGGUGUUCCUUCUGCUGGUUUCGAAGAUUCUACCACCGACGUCGUCUACCAUUCCACUGAUGGCGAAAUACUUGCUGAUGACUUUUGUAAUGAACAUGAUCACAAUAAUGGUGACUGUCGUUAUUAUAAAUGUUUACUUCCGCGGACCUGCCACGCAUACGAUGCCUAACUGGGUGAGAACCCUAUUUUUGAAGCAUCUUCCCAUGCUUUUAAUAAUGCGCCGUCCCGAAUCGACAGAGCAAGAAAUGAGACGAGCUCGAGAAGCGAAAAGAGAACGGAGAAGCAUGCGCGGUGUUUUUAACGCAAUACGACGCCAGCGGUUGAAAUCAGUACCAUCUACUGAGUCAGGAGAUGUGGAGGUGCUCGACGCACGUGGUCAAGAGGAGGAUCCUGGUCUAUCGAAUGAGGCUACUCAAGCAAUGGAAGCAAUUGAAUACAUCACUCGUCAUCUAACGAGGGAUAACGACUACAAAAGGCAAUGUGACGAGUGGAAAUAUGUAUCUAUGGUGCUGGACCGGCUUCUUUUAUACAUAUUCUUUGCAGCUACUGCCGGUGGUACAAUGGGUGUGUUGUUCUCAGCUCCAAACGUAUUCGAGUACGUAGAUCAAGCGGCAGUAAUUCAAAAUCUCAAGCAGGCCGCUGUCGCUGAGCAGAACACUGCUGGCUUUUCGCCAUGA